AUGAGAUUAAGUUUAACAUUGUCGGGCUCCAUUGUCAAUUUGAGUGGUAUGCGGUUAGAGUCGGGGAUGGAGGAAGACGACUCCCACAAGGUGGAGAUCCUCCUCAAAACCAUUGGCCCCGCACGCCCCUCUCGCCUCCUCGUUCCCUCUUCCAUCAAGGUGCGUGAUUUGAGGAGGUUAAUUGCCGGGAAUGAUAAUUUACAAAUUGACAACUUGAGUCUUGUUCUGCGCGGAAGUGCACUGUGUGACAUGAAAAAUGGAGAUGAUGUAUACGUUCAACUCAAUGAUGGAGAUUCUGUGAUUGUUGCUGUCAAACCAAAGCCACCAGUGAAGGAUGGAUAUGAGAAUGAUGAAGACGAUGAAGAUUUGAAGUUUCGGCUUCCUCAAUCCUCAAGUCGGUGGAAGAAGAGGCUGUACUCUUUUCUACACGAUAGCUUGAAGCUUCCAGAUAUCCUUUUGAUGGUAAUUUUUACUCUGAGUCUGAAGGCAUGGGUUCUCAUAAUUUUGUGGUUUAUCCUGGCUCCUGUUGCCCAUAGAUGGGAACUCGGUCCUUUGUAUAUACUUGUAACUGGCUUUUGUCUCAUUCUCUUCAAUCUUGGAAAGCGCCAAGCUGGUGACAUCAGUGCAUAUUCUAUCUUCAAUGAAGACUUUAGAGAGCUUCCAGGGACACUUAACGCAGAUCGCCUUGAUAGAGAUAUAAGAGCAGGACAGUUUUGAGCCCUACUGCACUCAUUCCAAUCAUUCCAACACUGAUGUCAAGUCACAUGAUGUAUAUCUGCACAAUCACAAGGAGAUAAUUGACCAGCCAAAGAGUUAAUAGCUACAGUACCAUUGAAAUUGACAAGUUUUCUAUUAGAGCUAUGCCCCUUCUGUGUAUAUAUCAUUGUACGAUGUCUUGGUGUGAUUUGAGAUGAACAUGUUCCAUUGUGGAUUAUUGUGUCUAUGUCUCUGGUACCGAGGUUCCUGUUUAUGAGUUUCAGAGUUUACACUGUGCAGCAGGAAGCUUUGGGCCAUAUGUGCAGAGACUUGUCAGGAUUCAAAGUUGACAGCGGUAGUUUGUAACUUUUUAUUAAUCUAUAUUUCCUUUUAAUUAACCUGUAA